UACAUUUAUCGAAUUACUCGUAGUUUUUCUGCUGUCGGCGUCGGACGUGUUUAAUUUGGUGUUGAAAAUCUAUUAAUAAAUCAUAACAGCCGACAAUAAAAACACAAAUUGUGCAAAAGCACAUUAAAUAGAAAUAAAUUCUUGAGCUAAUCGACUUGAAUGUGUGAAAGACAAAACUCUUAAGCUAUGAUUGGAGAACCCUAUCAAAUCGAGACGCGCCGGCGUUCGCGUUCAAAGACGCCAUUCCUGCACUCCGACUGCGACCAAGACAAUUGUGAGCGUGCCGGCACGGAGGGGCAUAUGAAUCACAAGAAGAAGAAACAGUCUGUGGCGCCCAAUGUGCAAACCAUUAUGGAGGAACACGUGGUCGAAACAAAGAUAUCGAAGACAACUAGCAGCGGCAGCAUCAGCAGCGCCACCAUCACCAAAAGCGACGCCAUUAAAACCACUCGCUCAAAGGCUGCGGCACAGCUGACCUCGGACUAUUCGAGCGAGGAUGCAACGCCAGAGCCUAAACGCAAGGCUGCCACGGUGACCACCAUGAUCACCAAUACCGGCAAGCGCUUCAACGAUGCCCUCAACAGCCUGACCGCUGUCACAUCGACGCCGCGCAGCGAGCUGGAGACGGCACAGAAUGUCUUGAAUACCACACAGGAGUUGCAUCAACAGGAGCAGGAGCAGCGCAAAAGUCGCACACGUUCCAAUGGCAAUAGCAAGGCUAACUUAAGCGAUGAUCAUUUGGCCUACAUCGAGUACAAAAAUGCGGGCGAGUACUGGAACAAAACACCGAAAACUGAUUAUACGUAUUCAGAACUGUCCCCGCAUCGGCGCCAGCUGGCACCGGGAAUCGUCGCAAUGCCGAACAUGUCGCGUCGCAGCCUGGAGCAUCAUGAUCAGCGCGUGAAUUAUAUGGUCAAUCGUGAUCCAGCUCAGGAGGAGUUCAUACGCCGUCGCUAUCAGGCGAACUAUACGCAUUUGAAUUACGACUCGGCCGACGAGGUGGACGACACACAGUUCGACAAGCAGGUGCAGAGCUGGUGGCUGCUACGCAUCAUCACCACCAUCGUGAGCAGCAUUAGCAGCGUGUGGACCAGCAUUGCGAACAUAUCGGAAACGGAAUCGAGCGCCUAUCAGAGCUACUAUGCCAAGCGCGAUCGUCAGCCGAAACACGGCCUUAUCGCCUCCAGCCUGUUGAGCUUGAUGCGUCACAUCUACAUCGGCAUCGCCUCGGUGCUCAGCCUGGACACUUGGCUACUCAGGUCCAACAAUGCGGAGAACAAGUGGAAGAAGCGUUUCUUGCUCUCUCUGCUCCUACUGUUGCCAGUAUUGAUGGUAGUGGGUUGGCAGCAGUUGCCGGAGGAGCAGCGCUUGGAGAUGGCGCAUCGCACUGAGGCGCUGCUGCCUUUGCCUCUGACUGCCUAUGCCUCGCUGCGUGGGGGAUUGAUGCAGGCUGGGGCUGCUUUGAUGGCGCUGUGGCUGCCACGCGAGCAGCAGGAGGCGGCUGCCAUUAGGCUCAAUAUGGAGCAAGUGCAGCAGAGCAUGCAGAAGUCGCUUACCCCGGAGGAGUAUGAGAACAUACUGAAUCAUGUGAACAGCUAUGUGCAGCAGCUGGUGGAGCUGAAGCUGCAGCAACAAGCCAAAGAGCAGCAGCAACAGCAGCAGCAACAAUUGUCGCCGCAACAGAUACAGAUUAUAGUUAAGCUCAUGCGCGAGAAUCUGCAGCAGUUUGCGGAUCAGCGGGCGCAGCUCAGUGAGCAGCAGCUGGCUGACUUGGUGCUGCGCUUAAAGCUGGAGCUGCAGCAGUCGGUCGAGUGGCAGGGGGGACAGAUAAAGCUGACGUCCGCGCAGCUGGAGGAGAUCACGCGCUUGGUCAAGGCGGAGUUCAAUCUAAAGGAAGAGCACUAUACGCUGCUGCUGGAGCGCAUCGAUUUGGGUGCGCUGCUCGAGCGGCUGCUGGGCUCACCAGAGCUGGCAGAAUUUGUCGACGCACGCAUCAAUCUGGGACUGCAGCAGCAGCAGCAAGCCAAGGAGGAGGGCUCGGGCCAGUCGAAUGCGGAUCAGCAAAUUGAGCAGCUAAACAGGGAAAUCGCAUUCAUCAAGCUGGCGCUCUCAGACAAGCAGAUGGAGAACGCCAAUCUGCAGCAGUCCAUCAGCAAUCUGAAGCUCACGCAGGACGAUUUGCUGGCGCGCAUGCAGCAACACGAGCUGGCACAGGAUCAGCGCUUCAGCGGCCUCCUCGCCGAGAUCGAGGCCAAGCUGGCGGCCUUGAAUGAGUCGCAGUUCGCGCUGCUCAACAAGCAGGUGAAGCUGACGUUGGUCGAGAUAUUGGGCUUCAAGCAGACGGCGGGCGGAAAACUGGAUGAUGUGGAUCUGCAGAACUGGGUGCGCAGCAUGUUCGUGGCCAAGGACUAUCUGGAGCAGCAGCUGCUCGAGUUGAACGAGAAGACCAACAACAACAUACGCGCGGAGAUCGAACGCUCCAGCCUCGUCCUGAUGAGCGACAUUAGCGAGCGGCUUAAGCGCGAGAUCCUGCUCGUUGUGGAGGCCAAGCAGAAUGCCAGCUCCCAGUCGCUGAAGGCGCUCAUGCACGACGAUGAGGUGCGCAACAUAGUCAAAUCUGUGCUGGCCGUCUACGAUGCGGAUAAAACGGGCCUGGUCGACUUUGCCCUGGAGUCGGCGGGCGGGCAAAUUCUGUCCACACGCUGCACCGAAAGCUAUCAGACCAAAUCGGCACAGAUCUCCGUCUUUGGCAUUCCGCUCUGGUAUCCCACCAAUACGCCCAGGGUGGCCAUAUCGCCCAACGUGCAGCCCGGCGAGUGCUGGGCCUUUCAAGGAUUUCCCGGAUUUCUGGUGCUGAAGCUCAACUCUAUGGUUCACGUCACGGGCUUCACGCUGGAGCACAUACCCAAGAGCUUGUCGCCUACAGGGCGCAUUGAUUCGGCGCCACGCAACUUUACCGUCUGGGGACUGGAGCACGAGAAGGAUCAGGAUCCGGUGCUGUUCGGUGAGUAUGAAUAUCAGGAUAACGGUGCCUCGCUCCAAUUCUUUCCCGUGCAAAAUAUGGACAUCAAGCGUCCUUUUGAGAUCGUCGAGCUGCGCAUCGAGUCGAAUCAUGGCCAACCGGACUAUACGUGCCUGUAUCGCUUUCGUGUGCACGGCAAGCCGCCACCCUCCUCAUAGAUACCUAGGAGCUUUGGCUCCACCUAAGUCAGGUGUACAUAAUGUCAGUGCCUUAAAAAGGAAACUUUACAAUACUUACAAGCAGAAGAACUAGAAACAGAUAUCAAGAAUACGUUAACUACAAAUAAAAAACGUAAGGCUAUAGCGUAUAAGUGUUUUUGUAUGAUAUUUAAGUCGGGGCAGUGUGUUAACCUUAACCAGCAUAUGUAUAUAUAUAUAGAUAUGUAUAGCUUAAAACUAAUAGUAGAUGCCUCGAGCCGUGUGCAGUGUGUCCUAUAAUAUUUAUUAUGAUUUAGUUUUUGAUUAGUUCGCUUAUUUUAAAAAUAUUCAAUUGUAAUUGAAAUUAAUUUUAAACUGUUUUUGCCAUUUGUAGAACGUUCUGAACUUAAUAGUCAUAGGCUAACAACUAACCUAACUAAGCCAUUUACUUGCUAUAUAUAUAACAAAUAUAUAUAUAUAGCUAUAGAUGUAACUUUAAGUUAUUCUUAGGUUUCCAUUUUUUAUACAUGUUCAGGUACGAAUUGUUUGUAAACUACGCCAUAGAAAAUUGGAUUGAAAACGGAAUUGAAACAAUAGCUGAAGCCUAACUGAAACUCAUUGAAAUGUCGCGCAAUUACAAUAUCAAUAACAAUAAAUAUCUCAUUUGUUUAUAGAGUUUUGAAGAAUAUAUAUGAAACAGAAUUUACAUAUCUCGAACCCAGCCACAUUUCAUCAAUUUGUGUACGUUCAUAACUAAUUUAUAUGCUAAGAAGUUGAACCCAAAAAUAGUUAGUAAAUUAAUAAUAAUUUUAAUAUAUUAUUUAUACACACAUUUGUUGUAACUUAAGUACAAACGUAAUAGCCUAAACAACCCUAUAAUCAUUUACCCAGUUUCAACAGUUUGCAGUCUCUCCCGAGUGAAUUCAAAUAAAUGCGUUGCACAAAUUAAA